CACACCCACGUUGGAUCCCAUCUCUCUUGACUUCCUCGAUCCCCUUCUCCACCCCACGCCGCCGCCAGAUUUCGGUGAUCCCCGCCGUUCCCCACCACAAGCUCGCCGCCCCACCGCGGAAGCCUCGUCGCCGGUCGCCCCGACCUCGAGAUCCGCCGCCGCCAUGGGAGCCGAGCACCGAGCUCCUCUGCGCCCCGCCAGCGUCCCCGCGUCGCCCCCACCUCCCAACAAGCUCGCUGCCCCAUCGCGGAAGCCUCGUCGCCGGUCGCCUCGACCUCGAGAUCCACUGCUGCCAUGGUGGCCGAGCACCGAGGUCCUCUGUGCCCCGCCCGCGUCCCCGCGUCGUCGCCGCCGCCCCAUGCUGCCUCGCGGCCGUUGGGCCGCUGUAAAUCCCGAGGAUGACAUGCAUGGGAGUCUUGGGAGUAGCAUCCUCCUUGCCGCACGGGCCUCCUCCUCGCUGCAUGGGCCUCCUCCUUGCCGGAGUGAUGCCCCUCGCCGGAGCAGCGCCGACCAAGCCCAUCGGCCACCAGUGUUUUUGUUAUGCAGGUUGGAAGAAAAGAAGAAGAUCCAGAGAAGAUCUUAGUGAUAAGAUAGUUUUGACUUGGUGAAACUUGCUACCUAUGGAUGAAACUGUGUAAUAUUGAUGAAAGUAUGUAUAUGCAUGUAUGGAUGAA